AUGGAUGUGCACCAGCAGCCUUCCUAUUGGCCGGUGUCGGCCAUUUGGCGCAAUGCUGAUGCGCGAACCGCUUAUGAUUCUUCAAAAACACUGCUAAAGAACCCCUUUAGACGGCUAUCGGAAGCCGAAGACGACGCAACCAACGUACAGUGCGUCGAGAAAUAUCACUCGUAUCAGCUCUCUUGCUAUGUCCAGCCCUCGGUUGUAAGGCUUAUCGACAACGAGAGUGCGCCAACUACCGCUUCACCUUGCGAAGAAAAGACCUCAUCAGGCCUCUGGUGGCGCGGAACACGACUCUGCGCCACCAGCCUGCUGUCGAGUGCCAAGGAGACUUAUCGAGCUAUGGGAUCGACUGCCACAAGGAGACUGGACCAAGUACGAGAGGACGUCUGCAUGUGGUGGCCGCCUACCAGGAGGCUUCGACUGUGGUUGAGACGACUACUGAUAGCCUGGGCCACUGCCAUCAUGAGCACAAUUCUGGCUUGCCAUGUGAUGGCGCAAAACCCUCCCGUCUACGUGCUGGUCCACGCAUGCCAGUCGUGGUCAGUUUAUCAGAGCCGGUAG